AUGGGAAGAAGCCCUUGUUGCCCAAAGGAGGGUUUGAACAAAGGAGCUUGGACAGUUCUUGAAGACCAAAUUCUCACUGAGUAUAUCAAUACCCAUGGUGAAGGAAAAUGGAGAAACCUUCCCAAGGAAGCUGGUCUUCAAAGAUGUGGAAAGAGCUGUAGAUUGAGGUGGUUGAAUUAUCUUCGACCAGAUAUUAAAAGGGGUAAUAUUUCUGAGGAAGAAGAGGACCUCAUAAUUAGGCUCCAUAAGCUUUUGGGCAACAGAUGGUCACUAAUAGCAGGAAGACUUCCAGGACGAACAGACAAUGAAAUCAAAAACUACUGGAACACAACCCUAGCAAAGAAAGUUAUCAACAAUGGUGUAGAUGAUCAUCGUGAUGGUCUUGAUCACUCCAUUAAGAGUGUUGAUAGUAAUAAUAAUGAUGAUCAUGAUCAGUAUGGUUAUGGUUUGAAAAAUAGCCGACCAUUGCUUUUCUCUGAGGAAAUGCUUGAGGAAUGGAUUAGUGGAAAUGAUGAACAAUAA